AUGGUUCAAACGUCAACAGACUCUCAUGAUGAUGAGAAGCCAGUCCAAGCACAAGUGGACCAUCCCACCGAUAGUAUCUCAACUGAUUUCUACGCCUUAUGUGAUCAAAAAGAAAAUCGUCCGCCUGAACCAUCGGAUUCUGAUACGACUGAAAUCGAUAAGGGGAUCUGUUCAACACCUGCACCACGAUCAAAUCCGAUAAUCGCUUCGGACGAAAGUCGUGAUGUGACAGAGGAAAGCUCUCAAAGAUUAUCAACGCUUCCUGUAUCGUCAACUGUCGCUCCAUCAUACGGAAGUCUACAAACCAGUCGUGAAUCAGAACAAAGAUCUGUCGUCCAAAAGAAGACGAAAUGCCGUCGAACAAUUCCAUUAAAAUAUGGGAUACCACCUACUGAAUGUGAACCAAAGUGUAACAAUUUAUCUGACUGCGUGGCAAAACUACUAAAGAUCUCAAUCCAAUCUGAAGGAUACUAUCCGAUCAUGUUGGAACACAUCCACAUCAUCAGGCAGUUCGACAAAGUUGACGAUAGGGGAUACUUUGGUUCAAUCAUAUAUUUUGUUUUACAUGAAUCUGCCAAAACUCGCAUUGCCGCCAAACGUGUUCCUUACAGUGAAAAUAAAGACAAACUCUUGUCAAUUCAUGCGGAGCUGAGUGUAUUAGAAGCAACUCGAACAGAUAAAUCCGACUAUAUCGUUGGUUAUUUUUGCACCUUGAGAGACUUCAAGUUCAACAGCGUUUAUUUCUGCAUGGAACAAAUGGAUACAUCGCUGAAGAAGUUCAACGAAACCAUGCAUUCAAAGGUUAAGCUUACGUCACAGCAACUCGAACUUUUCGUACGGCGUUGUGCUUACAACAUAAUCAUGGGACUUGCCUUUUUGGAAUCGAAAGGUUUUGUUCAUCGAGAUAUUAAACCAGACAACAUUCUGAUUAACAGAAACUGUGCGAUCAAACUGGCAGAUUUUGGUGUUAGCGGUCACUUAACCACUAAUGAAUAUGAAUUCGACAGCCGUGCCGGUACUAAUUUGUAUUGGCCGCCUGAUGUUCAGCAAUGUUCUACUCAAAGUGACAUGUGGGCAUUGGGUAUAAGCCUACUUGAGAUUAUUCUCGGAAAACAUCCGAUCACUACCUGGCCACCUCCUCCGGCAGCUUCUGAUAUAAACACGUGGAAGCGUAUAGUUCCAGAAACAAUCUCAGAUGAUUUGAAAGAAUUUCUCCUACAAUUGUUGAACAAGGAGGCUACGUUGCCACCUCCAUCCUAUGAGCACAUCAUUAGUACAACAUUCAUCGGUCGAAUGUCUCCAGAUCCGUCCGAGGAUGAAAUUGCUUUCGUCCGACAAGUAAUUGAGACGAGUGAACAACGCUCAUCUCCUAAAAACCGAGGGUGA